AUGAUAUCCGACUGUUGUAUCGUGAAGAUUUGUAUGCUAUACGUUCUAUCGACAACUUUUACGGUUUACGGGGUAGAAGAAACGUCAGAUGGUCCUACACAGAAACCGAUUCAAUCGAGACCGGUGAAUGUUUUUAUAAUUAAUGGUUGGAAGAAUGAAGCGGCGAAUGUAAGCGUGACCAGCGCUUUGAAGACUCUGGGAGAAAAGUAUCCGGGUCACCUGGGCAAUGUGUGGUCCGUACAAAUCAACGAGAGCGAUUCCGCUGACAGUCUCGAGACUAUAUGCAACGUAUGGAGCUCAGCUAUCAGUAAAGGCGGCGCGACUGUCCCGGAUCUGAUUCUAGAUAUGACGAUGGCCGACCUGGGUGCCGAAGCUUCGAGUUCGUUCACCGCGGCCAUGGGGGUUCCGACUUUAUCCGCCCAAUUUGGCCAGGAAGGCGAUAUUCGCUACUGGAGAGAGCUGGACCUUGAUCAAAAAAACUAUUUGAUCCAGGUAAUGUCACCGAAUGAUCUUGUGCCUGAAGCAAUCCGUCAAUUGGCGAUUCAGAUGAACAUCACCAAUGCCGGCAUCCUCUACGACAAAAAGGAUUUCAUUAUGAUCCACAAGUAUAAAAGUUUACUGCUGAACGUGCCGACCAGACACGUCAUCAACGGUUUGCAGAAUGCAAACGAUUACGUAAAGGAGCAAUUGUCAAAAUUACGAGACUUGGACGUAGUAAACUAUUUCCUACUCGGCGACGAAAGUUCUACCAAUAUGCUAUUGAAUGCUGGGAACUCAUUGAGCUUCACCGGACGAAAGUACGGUUGGUUCGUUUUGACUCUGGACGAAGAAAUGUGGCCGAGCUGCGCGUGUGAGAACAUCACCAUAUUGUUGCUAAAACCGGAAAUGCCGACGGUGAGCGAUGAAAAUCAAGCAGAAUCUGUUAUAAAGGCGAAAUUACCGAAACCGCUCAUCACAUCCGCCUUUUAUUACGAUUUAACUCUGUUGGGUGUCAGCGCGAUGAAGUCCGCUUUGGACACUGGCGAGUGGCCCUUGGAACCUCAUCACAUCGACUGCAAUAGCUACGAUGAGACAAACACACCGACGAGAGGUCUGAAUUUCCUAGCUAAACUGAUGGCAGUCUCAAAGAACAUGACGCCGACAUACGCCGGUAUUAGUUGGGGCAAGAAAAAUGGAGAACAUCAUGCGGACUUUAAGAUGAUUAUAUAUAUGAUAAACAUUGAACGAGAAAAGAUUACGUUAAAAGAGGAGGGCGGAGAUUGGCAGGCGGGUAUCGAGAUGCCCUUGCAGGUCACCAGUGAUAAGAUCAUGAAUAACACCGCAGUGACGAGUUAUAGGAUUGUUGCCGUGCAACAUCCACCCUUCAUGAUGUAUAAUAAUGAAACCGAUAAAUGGUACGGCUUCUGCAUGGACCUGCUAGACGCGAUUCGUGAGAGCGUGCCGUUCGAGUACGAGAUACAUGAGGUAGAGGACGGCGAGUACGGCUCGUUGAAAGAGAAUGGUAGCUGGAACGGAAUGAUGAAGGAACUGAUAGACAAACGCGCCGACAUCGCCCUGAGCUCGCUCUGGGUCAUGGCAGAACGAGAAAAAGUCGUGGAUUUCACGGUACCCUUUUACGAUUUGGUCGGCCUGACGAUUAUGAUGCAGAAAACGAAGACGUCGACGUCGCUCUUCAAGUUCCUCACAGUGCUGGAGAACGAUGUCUGGUUCUGCAUACUGGCGGCUUAUUUCUUCACUAGCUUCCUCAUGUGGCUGUUCGACCGUUGGUCGCCGUAUAGCUAUCAAAAUAACCGUGACAAGUAUAAAGACGACGACGAGAAAAGGGAGUUUAAUCUCAGGGAGUGCUUCUGGUUUUGUAUGACCUCCUUGACUCCCCAGGGUGGCGGAGAGGCGCCGAAAAAUUUAUCUGGAAGAUUGGUGGCGGCUACAUGGUGGCUCUUCGGGUUCAUCAUCAUCGCAUCCUACACGGCUAACUUGGCGGCUUUCCUUACAGUAUCCAGGUUGGAGAUACCCAUCGAGAAUUUGGAUGACCUAAGCAAACAGUAUAAAAUACAGUAUGCUCCUAUCAUAAAUUCACCGGCGUACUCUUACUUCCACAGGAUGGCGGACAUCGAGUUGCGUUUUUACGAAAUUUGGAAAGAUAUGAGCCUAAACGAUAGCUUGUCAGAUGUAGAAAGAGCGAAACUAGCUGUCUGGGAUUAUCCUGUUAGUGACAAAUAUACAAAAAUGUUCCAAGCUAUGAAAGAGACUGGUUUUCCGGCCGAUAUCGAUGAAGCAUUAAGACGAAUUCGACAGGAGGGUCAGUACCAGAAUAACGAAUUCGCUUUUAUCGAAGACGCUUCGACCAUCAAGUACCUUGUCAUGACAAAUUGCGAUUUGACCCAAAUCGGAGAGGAAUUUUCAAGGAAACCGUACGCUAUCGCUGUCCAACAAGGAUCACCGUUAAAGGAUCAAUUUAACAACGCGAUUCUCAUACUGUUGAACAAGAGGAGAUUGGAGAAGUUGAAGGACAGAUGGUGGAAGUACAACCCCGUCAAAAAGAAUUGUGACCUAAAAAAUGAUCAAAGCGACGGUAUCAGUAUUCACAAUAUUGGUGGAGUGUUUCUCGUAAUCUUCGUGGGUAUCAUCUUCGCUUGUCUCACGUUAGCCUUCGAGUAUUGGUAUUAUCGGCACCAUACAAAAGUUAGCGAGUUACAUCAAGCUACUCCUCCAAAAACGAAAAUGACAAUGAAGCCGAUUCGAUUUAAUUUGCAUCCUGCUCCUACACAUGGGUUUCAAACAAUCUCGCAAUUUAGAUCGAGAUUUUAAGUUCUAAUUGUCAGGAAGGAUUCGUUUGUAGAAUAUAGAGAAUAAGUAUAAAGCUGUCGCACAAAGGAAUAAAAGCGAUUCUA